UGCAAACUUUAGUAUUUUAUCUUUUGCUUUCUUUACCAAUUAAACAUUUAUUUUUUUAUUAUUGAAUUAUUCAAGACAUUUCAAUAGUCUCCUUCUAUAAAAUAUUAUUCAUUAUUCAAUUAUUAUAUGAUUAAUGAAGAAAUUUUCUAGAAAAGUGUAUUUAAAAAAUGCAUAGUACAAAAAAUAGAAAAAUUUUAAUUCUCAGUUGGUAUCUCAAUUAGUUCUCAUUUCAAGCAAAUUUUAAUGGAUUUUAUGUAAUUAAUUUACAAAUGUAUUCAGUACUAAAUAUUAAAAAUUUAUUUAAUAAUUGAUUCUCCCCGAUAUUAUUGCGAAACAAAUCGAAUUAAAAUUUCAAAUUGCUCAAAAGAAAUUUACAGACAAAUGGAUCCACAUGCUUUAUAGAUUUAAAAUAAUUUCAGAAAUAUAAUUAAUUUUUCAAGAAAACGUUUUGUAAUCAUAUCGUUCGUCUUUAAAAGAAAUGAGGAAAAAAUAAAUGUUUUCUCAUUUCUUUUAAAGACGAACGAUAUGAUGCAGAUCAACUUUCUAAUUUGUUACAACAUUCAUACAGAACGUCUAGUGACCUAGUAAGGAUUCCGAGUUUCAGAUUAUUUUAAUAUUUCAACACUUGUGAUCCAAAAUCAUAUAUUACAUAUUAUCAAUUAAUUAAAAAAUUUCAUUAAUUUGUGUAAUUUACUAAAAUUGCCAAUUAGUUGCUUGAAAGUAACUUAAGAGAAAAUAUCAAAUUAUGCUAUGUAGAUAGCGUUUCAAGAUUUGCAAGUUACGCAAAAAUUAAUUGCCUAAUUUCUCAAUUCAAUUUCAAAGGACUUAUCGAGUGGACUAUCUAAGUUUUGAAAUAAAACUACGGAAGACAUGUAAACAUAAUUAACUGCUUAUUAUAUACAUAUUAAUGCCACUAAUAUCUUUUAUUAGAUAUUAUUUCUCAGAUAUUACUAGUUUUCGACUAAGAAAAUAUCAUCUUAUUUAAAUUUGUAAUAAUAAAUUGAUUAAAAAUUAGAUUCUCACUGAUCACUUCAAUUAUACAGAUGGAAUUUUCUCUCUUUUUUUGAUAUAAUGUUUAUAAAAAUAAAAUUAAUUGUACAAUUUGAUUGAACAAUAACGAUUGGAUUGAUAGCUAGGUAAACAUGUAAAUUAACUUACUUUUUACUAAAAAAGAAAAGAUACAUUCAAAAAAGAGUAUCAAAUAGUACAAUGUAUUUAACGUAAAACAUAUAUACAUAUUAAAAAAUUACAUCAUAUUUAAAAAAAACACAAAAACAAAUUUUUAUUAUUUUUUACUUAUCAAUUUUACAAAUUAAUUGUAAAUUCUUUUCUGAUCAAAAGACUCAUAAUUAUUAGAUAUUCUAACAAAUAAAAUAAUUUUCUAUUUUGUUUUCAGAUUCUCGCAUAAGUUUCAAAGAAAAAUAUUAAUUAAUUUUUAUAAUUUUUAUAAUUAGAGCACACAACUCACAAUGCUUUUUAAAUGUGUAUAUCAUUAAAUUAAAUAAUUUCCAUUACAUGUGUUUCAAAAUUUUCUUAUGGCUGAGUUGAUUUGUAAUCGUGUAUAAUUGUAGCCACGAACAUUAUGAUAUUGCAAACAAAACACAUGAUAAAAUAAAAGUUUUUUUUUCGUUUUUAUGAAAAUUUUUUCUUUAGUUCCUAUAAGACACAAUUGGUAAAAAUCUGUGAAAGAAGUAGCAAAAAAUAUUCGUAAAAAAUUUGACUAUUCGAAUGCAUAGAUUUCGAACAAGAUCAAUAUUAAUCGGUCCGAUCAGAGCGAGAGAUGAGUGUCGCGACAGCAGUUGGCAUUGCUUUAAAAACAGCCACUGUUCUUCUUGGCGUCGGUAUCGGUAAGAUAACGAUAAUCCCAGUGUUGAUUGCCGCACUUGCAUACUUCAAUUACGAUCUCAUGGAUCCGGAAAAUCAUCCGCACGUGACAAAGCAAUUGAGGAAAGAAUACGACUUUGUCAUUGUCGGUGGUGGUUCGGCUGGCAGUGUGCUUGCCAACCGACUAACGGAGAAUCCUGAAUGGAAUGUACUCUUAUUAGAGGCCGGAGGUCACGAGACCGAAAUAACCGACGUGCCGAUAUUAUCUCUUUACUUGCAUAAAAGUAAGGUGGAUUGGCAGUAUCGCACACAGCCACAAAACACAGCUUGCCAGGCGAUGGUCGAUGGCCGAUGUUGUUGGACUAGAGGCAAGGUUUUGGGAGGCUGCAGCGUUUUAAAUACAAUGUUGUAUGUUCGUGGAAAUCGACGUGAUUUCGAUCAUUGGGAAAGUUUGGGUAAUCCUUCCUGGGGAUACGAAGACGUGUUGCCAUACUUCAAAAAGUCACAGGACCAAAGGAAUCCAUAUUUGGCACGCAAUACGAGAUAUCAUAGUACAGGCGGAUACUUGACCGUGCAGGAUACCCCGUAUCUCACUCCAUUGGGCGUAGCGUUUUUACAAGCUGGAGAAGAAAUGGGAUACGAUAUUUGUGACGUCAAUGGUGAACAGCAGACUGGUUUCGCCUUUUUUCAAUUCACAAUGCGACGCGGUACUAGAUGCAGCAGCGCCAAGGCAUUUAUAAGGCCUAUUCAGCUUAGAAAAAAUUUUCACCUCUCCUUAUGGAGUCAUGUAACUCGAGUACUGAUAGAACCGGAGAGUAGACGAGCAUAUGGAGUAGAGUUUAUCGUAAACGGUCGUAAGGAAGUAGUAUUUGCCAAAAAAGAAGUGAUUCUCUCAGCCGGCUCUAUUAAUAGUCCACAAUUGCUAAUGCUUUCUGGGAUAGGACCGCGUGCACAUCUAGAGCAAUUGGGAAUUCCCGUGAUUGAAGAUUCACCUGGAGUCGGACAGAAUUUGCAGGAUCAUAUAGCUGUUGGUGGACUUGUCUUUCCAAUCGACUACAAGGUUAGCAUAGUAAUGAAUCGGAUGGUAAAUAUUAACUCGGCUCUGAGAUACGCUAUCACUGAGGAUGGCCCAUUAACAUCUAGCAUCGGUCUCGAGGCAGUUGGUUUUAUUUCCACCAAAUAUGCCAAUCAGAGUGACGAUUGGCCUGACAUCGAGUUUAUGUUGACGUCCUCGUCGACCAAUUCCGACGGUGGCAGUCAUGUGAAGAAAGCUCACGGUUUAAGUGACGAAUUCUACAACGAAAUGUUUAGUAACCUCAACAAUCACGAUGUCUUCGGCGUGUUUCCAAUGAUGCUCAGGCCCAAGUCACGUGGUUACAUCAGAUUGAAAUCUAAGAAUCCUUUAAAUUAUCCAUUAUUGUAUCACAAUUAUCUGACUCAUCCAGACGAUGUGGCAGUACUUCGCGAGGGUGUUAAGGCAGCUAUCGCUUUCGGUGAAACCAGUAGUAUGAGAAGAUUUGGUGCCAGAUUCCAUGACAAGCCAUUGCCAAAUUGCAAGCAUAUUCAUUUGUAUACAGACGAGUACUGGAACUGUGUGGUGAGGCAAUAUACCAUGACGAUUUAUCAUAUGAGCGGUACGGCCAAGAUGGGUCCGUCUUAUGAUCCAAUGGCAGUUGUAAACUCGGAGCUGAGGGUCUAUGGGGUUGACGGCUUGCGUGUGAUUGAUGCAUCUAUCAUGCCGACUAUCACUAGUGGCAACAUAAAUGCCCCUGUUAUUAUGAUCGGCGAGAAAGGUGCUGACAUGAUAAAGGCAAGGUGGAUCCGAUUAUCUCGUUCCAAAAGAGACAAUAUUACCGCCGCUGCCUCUUGAUACAUGAAUCGAUCGCGUAAUUGCAUAAUGUAAUACACUAAUGUAACAUAAAGAUGGAUGGUUAAGUGGAAAAUUGGCUCACACACAAAUAACAUUUAUAAUUUACUAAUUAAUAUUAUAUAUUUUCAUGAAAAAAAAUCGUUUUAAAUUUAAUAUCUAAAUAGUUUAUGAGAACAAUAAGAAGUAAUAGUACAAAUCGACUUGUACCAUUACACUUGCAUUUUAUCAUUCAAUCAUCGAUUAUUUUCGAAAAUUAAUCAUCUCACCGAUAUAUGAAUUUAAAGCCAGAUUUUAAAAAAAUAAUCAAUAAACACUCUGUUUGUACCUCGUUUGUAUCUGUAUUGCAUGCAUUUCAUUUGUACCUCAAUAAAAAAAUACAAAAUUAUAAAAAAA